CGGCUUUAUCCCCGCCAAGCCUCAGCCGGACACUGCUGCAGCAGCCCCGUCACCAGUCGGCGGGGAGUCGGACAUAAAGCGGGAGAAAGAAAAAGUGACACACGCGCACAAACAGGCUCGGAGAUAAGUUUGAGAAACAUUUGUUUUUUUUGUGCAGUUUGCGGAUCCGGAGUCAGCAGGAGCUUGUUUGGCUUUUUGGUGCGCUGAGGGGAGGCGGACUCACGGUGCUGAAGCUGAAACUGCAACCUGCACUCAGUCCGGGAGGCAGGAGGUAGAAAAACAAGUGCACGCUGGGAAUCGAACCACACAGAGAAGCUGGCACUGGUGGCAUGGGCAUGGAAAACACUGGACUGUGGAUAUUCCUGAUAACAACCUGUGUUGUUCCAGGAAUAAAAACCCAGACUGUGGAGAUGGAUGAUGGGAAGGCCGGGUAUGUCGGGUCGAAAGUGGAUCUCCGCUGUCGGUUCAUCAACAGUUUCCCCCCUGUCAAAAUCUCACAGGUAACAUGGCAGAAACUGGUGAAUGGCACCAAGCAGAACGUGGCAAUCGCCAACCCCUCCCUGGGCGUGUCCGUGGCCCCGCCCUACAGGGACCGCGUCACCUUCAAAAAUGCGGCAGUGAGACGACGAACUCCGACCCUUGAAGACACCACCAUCACCUUCUCCUCGCUCCGCCUCACUGACGAGUCCAGCUACAUUUGCGAAUACACCACGUUUCCCGCAGGGAACAGAGAGAACACUGUGAACCUCACAGUCUACGUUCGCCCGACAACUCAGAUGAGUCUGUCCACCCCGACGCUGGUGGCUCGUUCGUCCAAUCUGAAAACACCUGUGGCCACCUGCAUCUCUGCCAAUGGAAAACCAGCGGGUAUCAUUAGUUGGGAGACAAAGGUGCCGGGAGAGGCGACCACUCGAGAGUACAGGAACUCGGACGGGACAUUCACUGUCCAGAGUGACUACAUUCUGGUGCCAAGCAAAGAAACACACAAGGAGACGCUCACCUGUGUCACCAGCUACAACGAGGAAGUCUAUACUGACAGUGUCACCCUCGAUAUCCAGUAUGAGCCAGAUGUUUCAGUGGAUGGGUUUGAUGGAAACUGGUAUCUAAACCGAGAGAACGUCCAGCUGAGCUGCCAAGCUGAUGCCAACCCAACCGUCUCUCUGUAUCAGUGGAAAUUGAAUAAUGGCUCCAUACCGAACAGUGCUGAGAUCCGUGACAAUGUCCUCAGCUUUAAGGGGCCGGUCACAUACGACCUGCAAGGUACAUACGUGUGUGACGCCACCAACAGCAUCGGCACACGAUCGGGCUCUGUGGAGGUCAGCGUCAUAGAAAAGCCUCUACCGCAGAUAGCAUCAGGUGAUGUCAUCAGUGUAAUCGCCUUGUUGCUGGCUGCCGGAGUGCUCAUGGGCAUCACUGUCACAGUCCUGGUGCUCAAAAUCAGAAGUAGAAAGGACAACUCCUCGUAUGUAAACACCACAUUAUCUUUUCUUCCCUUUGUUUCCUCUGCUCUUUGUCCCAUUAUGGUUUGUGUCCUUUACUACCAUCCUCAUCAUCCAUCUUUUAUUCUGUUUGAUUCCCUGAUCAGAAAUGAUUCGCAGUCAGGAAAACCAUCCCAGCCAAUAAGGAAAAGACCAGGAGACGAUAUCCAGCAUUCAGGAAGGUUUUAUGAAGAGCUUCCUAACACAGCAGAUUAUGUGAGCUACAGACUGGCAUGUAACAAGGAGGACUACCCCGAGCCCUACUCCCCUCCCAUCAACCCCCCACUGUCGUUUCUGCCCCAACACCCCUACCACUCCUCACUACCAACCACCGCAACUAGCAGCAGCAGCACCGACACGUCGAAAAACACCUUCUCUCCUCCCUCACACACCAUGGCCAUCUUUAAAUACCCCCCAGUCCCGGGCCUGUCAUCUCCUCCCCCGGGAGUGGCGGCAUACACUUUUCCUAAAGAGCAGUACGUCUGAACCGGCGCCCCGUCACAAGCCUUGCCAAGGAGGAGGAGGCUGGAGAUGUACGUUGAACCCUGGACUGUCAGGAGCUGUCUCUGCACUUGUCUGCACCUUUGUGGACGGCUCUGGAACUCAAAAAGACAUUGAUGCUUUUGUUUUGAAGCAUUUUCUCUUUUGUCCUGUCUUUUAUUGUGGCAUCUGAUCUUUGAAAAGGGAAGAUUGUUGAACCAUGUUUUAGGUUAGAGAAAGUGGAUUUGAUUUUUCUGUGGAAUGAUUAUGCAAUAUAUUGCGUGGAUGUAUUAUUUAUGAAUGAAAAAAAACUUUAAACAGAAUGUAUGGGAUUAACUCUUGAUGUGACUGACUCUGUACUUUAUCCUCCUUUGUAUCAUUUUGUAAAAAAACUAAAAAAAAACAACAAAUAACAAAAACCUAUAAUAGUUUAAUUCUCUAUCUCUAAAGUCAACAUUCUCUGUAUCCUAGCUGUGUUGUGCACUCUGACAAUCCCAGAUCUGAUCUUCUGGUUGUACCUUCUGUCCUCAUGUUGUACUUUUACUGUGCUUGUAUUUUGUAUGAUUUAUGUUUUUCUUUGCAAAGAAAACAACAUUUUUUAUUUACAGAAGACAUUUUUGUGAUCUAUGACGUUAAUGUUUUUGUUUGUGGUAUCUGUGGAAUUUAGUAUUCAUUGACACUGGCUGUUGGAUGAACCGUUACUUUUUAGCAUUUGCUAUGAAUAAAAGUUAUCAUGUGAACUUGUAUCAGUGGUGUACACUGGACUGAGAAUUUAGGCUGUAACUUGAAAGGGUUGAGGGCUCUAAGGUUCAGAAAACACAUCAGACUGUCCAUUGCUGCAGCUCCUCUUCUCAGCCUUUGUCUGAAACACUUGGUUUACUGUCUCUUUAAGGCCCCAGUCUGCUCUGAUUGGCCAACUGACCCCCUCUGUUAUGAUUGGUCAACCACCUCAAGCACAUGUAGGAAGUAGGACACUUUGAAAAUAAAUACCGGGUACGUUGUUCUUAUCAAAUAC